CCUGUCGCUCGGCGCUGCCGGCCCGGCGGUGCCGCAGGACGGGCCGCGCGCGGUGCCGCAGGAAGGGCCGCACGGCUCCCGGGCCCGCUCUCCAUGCUGCGCUGGCUGAUCGGCGGCGGCCGGGAGCCGCAGGGCUUGGCGGAGAAAUCCUCUGUACAGACAAUUGGUGAAGAACAAAUACAGAAUCCUUACACGGAGCUCCUUGUGUUGAAAGGCCAUCAAGAUAUAGUACGAUUUCUAGUGCAAAUAGAUGAUUACAGGUUUGCAUCUGCAGGAGAUGAUGGAAUCAUAUUUCUGUGGAAUGCUCAGACUGGAGAAAAACUUCAUGAACUUCAUGGGCACACACACAAAAUUACAGCUAUAGCACCAUUUUCUUCAUCAGAUGUUACUGAAGAAAAAACAAAUUUGAUUAUAACAGCAUCAGCUGAUAGAACCGUUAUUGUUUGGGACUGCACUAGUGGCAGGCAGGUUCAGAAAGUGUCAUGUUUCCAUUCUACUGUAAAGUGUUUGACAGUUCUACAAAGACUGAAUGUAUGGUUGUCUGGAGGGAGUGAUCUAUGUGUUUGGAACCGAAAAUUAGAUCUCUUGUGUAAGACCAGUCAUCUUACUGAUGCAGGCAUCAGUGCUUUGGUUGAAUUGCCCAAAAAUUGUGUCGCCGCAGCAGUUGGCAAAGAGCUAAUAAUUUUUAGGCUGAGUUCUUCUAACAAUGGGUCUGAAGGUUGGAAUAUCCUUGAAGUAAAGCGCCUUGUUGACCAUCAGGAUAACAUUUCAUCAUUAGUCAGUGUUAAUGAUUUGACUUUUGUGACAGGUUCUCACAUAGGUGAGUUAAUAGUUUGGGAUGCACUUGACUGGACAAAGCAGGCAUCUGAGUGCAACUUCUGGGACUCCUCUGUCCAUCCAGAUGUACAACCAGAAAUUAAGUUAUCCCAAAGCCCACAUGAAACUUCAGUUCAACACUUAACAUCUGAUGAGGAGUGUGUGUUUGCUGCUGUUGGGAAAGGCAUAUACGUAUAUAAUCUUCAAAUGAAGCGUGUGAUUGCCUGCCAGAGAACUGCUCACGACUCCUCUGUGCUGCACAUUGAGAAGCUUCCAAACAGGCAGCUGAUCUCCUGUUCAGAAGAUGGCAGUGUGCGCAUUUGGGAACUCAGAGAAAAGCAGCAGCUGCCAGCUGAACCAGUUCCGACAGGGUUUUUCAACAUGUGGGGAUUUGGAAGGGCAAACAAGCAGGCAAACCAAGCUGCUAAGAAGAUGCAGGAAAAUACACCUGUGUAUUUCUUGGAGCUAGUUGGUGAUUUGAUUGGUCAUUCAUCAGCUGUGCAGAUGUUCCUGUACUUUGGUGAACUGGGAUUGGCUACAUGCUCUGCUGACCACCUCAUUAUUUUGUGGAAGGAUGGUGAACGAGAAUCUAGCCUCCGCAGUUUAACACUAUUUAAAAAAUUGGCACAAAAUGGUGAUUUGCAGCUCAGACUUUAAAUUGUUUGAAUACAGGCUGUAUAUAUGUAAACUGGAUGUGUUUUAAACAUGAGUGUAAAAAAUCUGGGAAUCUGACUACUAGUAGGGCUUACACUUAAUGUCAUGUGUUAUAUUGGAACUUCUCUUAGUUGCUACUGUUCUCAAAGGGGGAUUUUGCAUUUUGUAACACUCUGUCCGCAGAAAUGGCGUUCUCUUGAAAGACUGAAGGUAAUGAUGACUCAUUAAAUAGUUUCUAAUAUUAUUCCAAAUGUUUAAAAUUAUCACGGGUGAAUGUCAAAAUUAAGAAAUUGUGAAAUACGUUAGAUGGAUCAUAAUUAAAGCAGUUGAGAGUAUCCACAGAGCUAUGUGCAGGAAGAAAGGAUGGGAAUAAAUAUGCAGCUUCCUGCUCUAUGUAAUGUAUUUCUAGAAGCUGAACUUUCCUCACUGAUGGCUCAGAUUUGUGUGUAUACAGAAAGCCGUGAAAGAAAGCAUUGUCAAAUAGAAAUUUUGCAUUUGAAGUUAAUAUCCUGCACCAAUGGUGAGAAAGAGAAAAAAGGUAGGUAAUGCCAGUUUGUCAGGUUCUAAAUUUUGGCAAACUGGCGUAUACAGAAACUGUUUAUAGUAGUAGUAGCUGCAGUUUUACUUGGAUUAGCCUACAUUACUGGAGUUAAUACAGCAUUACCAUUACACCAUUACCAAGUUUAGUGUGCAGUGUGAUUAGUUUAGCUUGGUCUUUCCAUAGUGCUUUCAUCAAAUUAAAUUGUAUCUAAUAAAGAGCAUUUUUCUUACCAUGAA